AUGAGCGAGCUCAGCAUAGAAAAAAUCUACGGUACGUCGUCGGAGACGCCCGCCCAAUUUGUUGCGCAGGACGACUAUAUUGCGUACACGGCCAGCGGCGGCGUUGUGGUGUGCCAGGUCGACAAAGAGCUGAAGGUACAGUGGCAGAAGUUCUUUUGUGCCAAUAAUGCGCCGGUGACACCAAAGUCAACCAAACUCGAUGAGUACGGGUUUCCGCUUGGCGGGGAUCCAGAGGUAGUUUCCCGUGAUGGCCCCCUGACCGCUGAGGAGCCAAGAGAUAAUGUGUACGAGUCUCCUAGCCUUCGAAAUCUCAAGAUCCGCAAGUCCGAUGACGCCUGCUCGUCCCCCCUGGCCAACAAAGUGAGGUCUAUAAACUGCAUUGCCGUUUCUCCCGACAAAAGGCUGCUUGCUGUGGGAGAGGUCGGCUACCAACCGCGGAUCCUGGUGUAUUCGCUUGCAAGAAACUGCUCGUGUCGCCCAGUGUACAUCAUCCAGGAACACCAGUUUGGAAUCAACUCGCUUUGUUUCUCCACCGACUCGAAAAAGCUGUGUUCUCUGGGACUGGUGAAUGACGGGUUUCUGAUAGUGUGGAAAUUCACCAAUAAGCACUUUGUGUUCAGGGGAAGUAACAAGUGCUCCUCGAUAGUCAACAAGUUGUUCUGGCACGACGACCACAUCAUCACCGUUGGACUGCGCCACAUCAAGGUCUGGAGAGAGGAUGCAGCCCGGGCGGGUACAAUUCUGAAGGGAAGAAAUGUGCUGCUUAAAAACUUCCUCAACUCGAAUUUCAUUGACAUUGACUGUCUCAACUUCUCGGAGCUCAUAGUGAUGUCUGAUCAGGGCGAUCUGGGCAUCAUGAACUUGGAGGACGAGUCCAUUGUUCUCCGCAAAAUAUACCAACUGCCAUCCGAUACCAACCAGUUCAAAAUCGACCAUAUCCAUGAGAACGUGAUAAUAGGCGGCAAGGAGCUCAACAUUAUACCUUUGAACGAGGUUUUCACCGCUCCAAUUAACGAUACCAUCCGUCCAACUCCAAGUUCGCCAACGAAGAUCGUCAAACGAUCGGGAAUUAUGGCAAUGCAGCCGUUGUUCGAAUCUGAGACCCUGGUAUAUCUGCAAGACGAGCAGAUUCUUUACGUGGACCUGUUGGAAACAGGAAGCCCAAAAGUCCUCAUUAGCUCGCUAGCCUCAAAUCUGAACGGAUUGAAGCGCUGUUUCAAUGGGGAAGUUAUUCUUUGGACCAAAGAUGGUAUAGUGAAACGUUUGGAAAAUAGAGAGUUCACCUUGCUUCAUUCUAUCACUUUGCCUCCUGGAGAUUUGCUUGAUAAUGCGCUGAGCGCUUUAGAUUGCAGCGGCCAGGAUCUCGUGUUAGGUGAUCGGUUUGGCACCCUGGUUUUCCUGCAAAAGAGGGAAGACUUCAUUAAAGGAUACAGAGAAUCAAAAAGGGUGCGAGCUCAUGAGUCCAGCAUCAAUGACAUUGUAUUGUUCACGGUUGAGAAGUAUGCAUUUGCUGCAUCUUGUUCCCGCGACAGAACCAUUCAGUUAUUCAUGAAGAAAGGGUCAGAGAGCUGGGCGCUGCUCCAAACCCUGACUGUUCACAAGGGAAAUGUUAUUAAGAUGCUAUUUACAAGAAAAAUGCUUAUUGCAUUGUCUUCUGACCGCACCCUCUCUGUCCACAAGCUUGAGAUCAAGGAAGAGGGCCCUGUUCUUGUUCAGGAGAAAAUCAUCUCUAUCAAAAAUUCCGCCAUGACGUUUGGUGUCACCCCUGAGGAGCUUGUUGUCGCAACAAAUGACAAAAACAUACUCAUUUACAGCCUGACCACAUUUGAAUACGUCAGGUCCAUGAAACUGUUCACCAAGAAUUUCGACCCACUUCAGGUAGACAACUUCGAGAUUCACGACGGCCUGAUGAUCACCUCGUCUCCUGAUAAAUGUAUUCGUCUAUUCCAAUUCAAAGAUGGAAGAUUGCUGAGCUCCCAAUGGGGCCAUUCCGAGACCAUCAUCGGUCUGCUAUUUGACAGCGACUCGAAAACUAUUAUGACUGCAAGCCACGACGGGUGCAUGUUCAGCUGGACGCUCGGCAGUGGCGUCGGAUCUGACUCGCUUUUCUCGUCGCCACUCACAUCCAGCAACACUCAAGAUCUGGUGUCGCCGGCUAAGGUUGUGAGGAAGAUUAUUUCCAGACCGGAACUCACCCCGAUGAAACCCAGCAUCCAAAACAAGCCGUCAAAGUCUCCUUCCACAAUGCUCCCUGCUGCCAAGCUGUCAGCCCACGACUCGCCAACUUUCACCCGCACCCCCUCUACGUGCUCCGCUAAACAAGCUCGCUCCGUCUCCUCGCGAUCAGACGUCUCGCCCACUACCAACGUCCGCUCUCGUCUGGCCGGGAUGAAGCUGGACAAGCCUAAGCCCGAGUCCGCAACAGACAUAGCUGAGAAGAUCGUGAUGGAUUUGCGCAGGCUGCAGUCGAGACUCCUUGAUGACGGCGAGAUCGACCCUUCUUUAGCCGACCGUCUGCGCGGGCAGAUGAACAAAACCACCAAACUGCUUCCUGGCCAUGACGAAAAUCUCCUGGACGAGUACGGCACAGCGUUAGUCAGCAAGUUGGUAGAUGCUCUUCGGAAGGAGCGCGACAAGGAGAACUUGGAGAAUGUAUAG